AUGAAACUUACUUUUAAACCAAAGCCAUUCUCUGCUGCUUUAUGCGCUGUCAGUAUACUUGCUGCCUCCACAGCUCAAGCACAGUCGACGUUGCUGGAGCUCAAAUCAACAAUUCAAAAUGCCCAGCGCAAGAACAUUGCCUUUUUCUCUAUAACGGGUGGUACAUCUCACUAUAACUGGGUUCUGAGCAUCGGUCAGGAGCUUGGCCAAAGGGGACACACGUUUUACUUUUUGUCAGCUGAUGAAGAUGCUAAAUAUGGCGAGCCUUUCACCCUGGUCAAAACUGUGCCAACCGGGCCUAGUGUUGACCAGAGAACAAUGGACACAACUGUCUUUGAGGAUCCCAACUUUACCUUCUUUCAGUUUAUGAAGCCUCUACUUGAUAGCAUGUUCAUCAACUUUUCUAAAGAUUUUACAUUUGCGAAAAACUUCUUUGCAGAGAACCAGAUUGAUUUGGUCAUUUGCGAUCACAUUGCGGAAUCUUGCGUAGAAGCAGCAAUCGCUUCAAAUCUUCCCUUCAUUGUAACUGCAACUGCUGAUUACACAAAAGAAUCAAGCGCACCAUACAUCAAUAAUGAUAUCAUGAUUAUGAAAAAUCCAACGACAGAGAACGAAUCCAUUGCUACACGCUUCAACAACAAAUUUGUAAUGCCUUUGAAGGGCUUUUACCACCUGCUUCCUACAAUGAGAGGUUUGGUUGCUCAGAAAAAGCUACUUGGUAUCGACGCUAAACUAGAAGAUCCUUACAAAAAAUGGCAACACUCACUCAAACUAGUCAACAACCUGUACGGAUUCACUGCUCCAAGACCCAUGUCUCCCAUGGUAGAGAUGGUGGGCCCAAUCAUCCCUAAAAAGUACAAGCCUCUUACACCAGACCUUCAAAGCUUUCUGGAUGCUCACAAGAAGGUUGCUUACGUCGCUUUUGGCCAGUCCAGCGUGCCAUCUACAAACAACAUCAGGUUACUUUUGACAGCUGUCAUGAAUGGGAUUGAACGCGGUGCAUUGGAUGGGUUUCUUUGGGCAACUGUAGGUGCUACAAUGGAUAGAUUCCCGAGCGAAAUCAAGACAUUGUCUGGUAAGACCUACUUGAUGCAAGACAUCUUCAACCAAGUGUACCCUCAUAUGCGUAUGGAGAAAUGGACACCUCAAACUGCGGUUCUUUUGCAUCCCUCUACCACACUAUUUGUCUCGCACGGUGGAUUGGGCUCUUGGUAUGAGUCAAUGUAUGCAGGCAAGCGAAUGAUCAUGUAUCCUUUCUAUGGCGAUCAACCUUUGAAUGCAAAUGCUAUUGAAAGCAGCGGAUUGGGAGCAAUCAUGCGACCCUAUUUCAACCCUGAACAAGCAGCUAAUUUGGUUUGCACUGUAGCAAACAGCGAGGAUAUUGGUAGAAAUGUGCAGCGCUAUCAAGCACUUGUCCAUAUUCACUCGGAUCACGGUAUACUUCGAGGUGCAAAUAUAAUCGAAGAGGUUCUGUACACUAGCAAAGACGGCCGCCUCCCUCAUCGUGAAACUGCGGACAAGCGAAUGACAUACAUCAAGGCACAUAAUAUCGAUAUUUGGUGUCUAUUUGGUGUGGCUAUAUUACUUUCUGUGGCAACCAUCGGCGUCUUUUGUGUUGGCACUUGGAAGUUGAUACGCAGCAGAAGCUUGGUAAAACAAAGAAAGACCAAACAGAGCUAA